AUGGCCGCCAUAGCCGCCCCGGGGCCGGCGCGGCUCCUCCGGGCCGCCGCCGCUUCCUCCCGCCGCUGGCUGUUCUCUUCCACCUCGCCGGCAGCCGGGCCGAGGUCGGGCUGCGGCAGCGCUGCCGCUGGCAGGAGGGCAGCGCGGCCGUUCAGCCUCUCUGCCCGGGCGGUGCUCAGCUCAGAAGAUAAAAUAACUGUUCAUUUCAUAAACCGAGAUGGUGACAAACUAACAGCCAAGGGAAAACCUGGGGAUUCACUGCUGGAUGUUGUUGUUGACAAUAAUCUAGACAUAGAUGGUUUUGGUGCAUGUGAAGGAACGCUAGCCUGUUCAACUUGUCAUUUAAUAUUUGAAGACCACAUAUUUGAGAAACUUGAUGCAAUUACUGAUGAAGAGAUGGACAUGCUGGACCUGGCAUAUGGCCUCACAGAAACAUCACGUUUAGGCUGCCAAAUCUGCUUGAAGAAAUCAAUGAAUGAUAUGACUGUUCGAGUACCAGAAGCUGUGGCUGAUGCUAGACAAUCAGUAGAUAUGAGUAAAAACUCCUAAAACAAAAUUAUCCUAGGGGUUUGAAAGAAGCUUAAUUAUUUUUAUAACUUAUUUUUAAAUGUGUAAUUAAAUAUGGAAACUUACAUAAUUGUGAGUUAUUUUAUAUGACUAUCAAUAUUAGAUUAAUGCUAUUUUAAUUUUCUUUAUAGAACCUCUUAUAUUUUUACGCUUAAAAUGCAAUAAUACUUCUUAUAAGUAAUCAUUGGGUUAUAAACAUUAGCAGGUGUUCAUAUAACAUUGUUCUGCCAUAAACAUUUAAUGACACUUAAAAACUGGAUCAUUUGUACAGGACUUCUCCUAAAACAAACUGAGCAUUUCUAGGUGUCAGACCUGAAUGUGUAAGAGAAAAGAACUUGUAUGACUGCAUGGUGUCUUUUUGAAGUGUUGCCAUUAAAGAUGGUGUGCUCAGAGCUAGUUAAAAUUCUCAGUAAAUAGGAUACUUCCUCAGCAGUUAGUGGAUUUUCAGGAUAGGGAUUUUCCAAAUUUUGGAAUCUUAAUGAGAUGUGGCAAAUGUCUUUGCCACUGCUGAACUCAUGAGUUCUAGGAGCUGUGUUUAACCCAGCAGGCAGCUAAAUGCCACACAGCCAUUCAUUCACUUGUACCCCACCACUGCCCACCCCCCUUCCAAAUGGGAUGGGAGGGUAGACUUGGGGGGGGGAAUGUCACAUUCAUAAGUUGAGGUAAAGAUCGUUUAAUAGGACAGAAACAGAAAGGAAAACAACAGUAAUAAUGACAAAUGCAUAAAACGAAUGAGGCACAACACAAUAGCCCACCACCUGAUAACUGAUGCCCAGCCAGUUUCUGGGCAGUGACUCCUGGGCAGCGUUUGCCCAAUUGGAUAUUUUGAGCAUGACACCAUAGUCUGGGACUUGCCAUUGUUCAGUUGGGGUCAGCUGUCCUGGCUGUGUCCCCUCCCACUUCUUUGUGCACCCCCACAAGGUGAGGUGAGAAUCUGGAGAGGCCUUGACUUAGUUGUUGCUAAACGGUGUUUACAGUAAAACACCAGUGUGUUAUCAACAUUGCUCUGAUUCUAAUCAGUAUAAUAAUCAAAUUCUGGGACAGCGCUGUAUCAGCUCUCUCCCAGGUGAAAUGAGGACAGGCUGAUGCAGGAUGUUGGCACCUGCAGCUUAACCCUAGCCCAAAUCAGAUGUCAGUGAACCUCAAUAAUAUUUACAUUUGACUACACCACAAAUACUGGGAUAGGCCCAGGCUCAGAAGAAUGAAUCCUUGGAGAUGUGUAAUGGGAGAACAUACCCAGUGUAAUUGCAGUUUACCCAUCACAAACUCUUACUGUUCUCAGAAUGUGACUGAAUUGGGAUUGAACAGGGCGAUGUUUGUCAGCAUCAGAUUUGAUCUGAUAUCUUUAUCCCUUUUUAGUUUUGAGCUUCUGCAGGAGGCAGUCUGAUGUCAGUUAGGAUGUUCAGCUUGAAAAGAUUGCUUGAUUCUGGGCCUUGCUCACAGGAUAAUUCCAGUAAUGGUUGAUGUGAAAUGACCAAGUAUAUUUGUUUCAUAAAAAUGGCCUAGGUUCCCCAGAAGGUGUAGGAAAACACCUGUGGUGAGAUGGUAUCUGCAUUGGUGAUGAAGAGCUUUCAGUUGAAUAUUGUUUUAAUCUUUCUAAAGUAGCCCAAGUAAUGUUUCUGAGGCUAUUAUUCUCUCCAACUUUACAUAAAUACUUACAGGAACUGGUUAUCACCAAUAGUUGUUAAAAUUUUGAUUUUUUUGGGGGGGCAUUUAGAUAUAGAUAUAUAUAUAUAUAUAUAUGUAUACAUAUACCCUAUUUAUUUACAUUUGAAUGAUCUAAUGCAUUCAUUAAUGUUUUGCCUGAACUGGUAACAAUGACAACUGGACAUCUUUUCUUGCAUUAUAUAUAUGGGAGGGGAGAAAAACUAUUUUUCCAGUGUCAAAUAUUGGGAUUAUGCUGAGCUUUGUAAACAGGUAAAAAAGUUCCUCUUUAUUAAAAGAAUUAAUAUUCUCUGGAACUGUAUUGAAAAUAGAUGUGGGCCAGAUUCUUUUAUUUCCUCUCUUAAUUACCUCAUUUCUUUCUGUUACCUUUCAACUUUGUCCUAAUGCAAGGUGUGCUAAUUGUGGCCUGCUCAAAACUUAAUCUUGUAGGGGUUUCAGAAUACACUUCUGAUGUCAUCUGAUUCGAGCUAAGACUUCAGAAUUAAAAUUUCCAGGCUUUAUGAAGGGCGGAGGGAGGAAGGUCAGGGAGGAGGGUGGGCAGAAGUUGAAGAAAUUUUCAGAAUAUGCUGCUGUCUUCUUGUUCUGCUGCUGUGGCUCUAAUCAUGACUGAGAGGUUGCCCUCACACAGUCAGACAUAAAGGUAAAUCUCAGUUUGUAUUGCCUUUGUCCUGAGCUCAUUUAUAUAUAGUUAUUAGUAUUAAAUCUUGAGGUUUUGGGGUUUUUUACAUGAGACAGCUCAUGAGCUUCCAAGAGAGGGAACUUGGGUCAUAACCAUAUGAGUUGUGCAUUUGUACAUCAGAAAGAAAUACGAGGUUUCAGUAUACCUGUGUGGUUUAGGGGUAGAUGUUGAUAUUUACUGAGUUUUGGGCUCUUUUUUUGUUUGUUUGUUUGUUUGUUUGUUUUUUGUUUUUUUUUUUUUAAUUGGGUUAUUUGAGGUUUUUUUCAUACAGCACCAGGUACUUCUUGUGGGAAUCUUGAAAUGCUGAACACUGUUAAACAAAUGUGGAACAACUCCCAAGUGAGUUUUCUUUCUAAGCCAAGGUGGUUUUGUUGUGUGUUUCCUGUGACAGCUUCUCAUUACAAAGACUUUGACUCUCCUACAGUGUGCCUGUGGAAUGAAUUACUUAGCACAGCAAGGCAAAAAAGGACACUUCGAAGUUCAUUUUGAAUUCUAGAGGCAUCCCAUACUGCAUGCAAAUGGAAAUCUCAGAACACAAAGGAACUGACUUAUAGUGCCCAAAAUGCACAGCUCAGAGAUACUAGUUUAUUGUUAAAAUGAUUUGCAAAUAAAUCUUAUUUUUAACUUCUUUCUGACA